UACCACAGCGAAAAUGAUAUCAUGCAUCCUUGGUGGAUGAUUGACCUUGAAGAUCCGAAGUAUGUCUUCAGCGUGGAUAUCCUUCCCAGGCAGAACAGUUUCAGAUACAGAUUCCAUGAUAUUGAGGUGCGUGUUGGAUUUACUCCCCCGACUGAUGACAACUUCUCUCACUGGCUGCUGUUGGGAUUCUACAAAGGCCGCUACUCACUGGACCAAGGUGUUAUCACAUUCACCAACAGUUCGGGGCUGUGUGGUCAGUACGUCGUGGUGCAAAGGGUCUCCAGCGAUUUCGAUCAGUUGCAACUUAACGAAGUCCAGGUGUUUGCCAAAAAUAUUCUGUAG